UUCAACUGAAUUAAAUGAACCGGAUCAUAUACAUGAUUCGCGAAUCACACAAGCUGACACUUCCUGUAAGCACCGCCUCAAACAAACAAAACAAGCAACUUAGUUUCCCAAACAACCUGGAGAGAAGGCCGCAGUGAAGAUAAUCCACUGCCGCUGACAUAUAAAACCCUUUUAUAAUAAUUGCGUGUCUAUAAUCGAGGAAUCGUGUGUUUUAACACAAAUACUAGAGCUGUGAGCUGGUAAUUAGGGCUAUUAUGGCGUCCAGCUACAACGCGAAAGAGGAAGACGGUCAUCUCUCCGGAUCCGCGGGGCUCGGCGGAACCGCCAUCCGGACCAGAAAGCCCGACAACACCGCCUUCAAACAGCAGCGCUUGCCGGCAUGGCAGCCCAUCUUGACCGCGGGGACCGUGUUGCCCGCAUUCUUCGUCAUCGGCCUCAUCUUCAUUCCCAUAGGAAUCGGCCUCUUCGUGACGUCCAACAACAUCAAAGAGAUCGAGAUUGAAUAUACCGGGACUGAAGUGUCCAACCCGUGUUUUAACUGCUCUCAAAACUUCAGCUGGAACAGCACGACUCCAUGCAAAUGUGUCCUGUCCUUCACUCUCGACCAGCCUUUCGAGAGUAAUGUCUUCAUGUACUAUGGCCUCUCAAAUUUCUACCAAAACCAUAGACGGUAUGUGAAGUCCAGAGAUGACAGCCAACUCAAUGGAGACCUUAACUCACUUAAGGAGCCAAGCAAAGAAUGUGAGCCGUACCGCGUUAAUGAAAAGCCAAUAGCCCCGUGUGGAGCCAUUGCUAACAGCAUGUUUAAUGACACAUUGGACUUGUUUUACAUUGAUCCCAAUGGAACAAAAACCCCGAUUCCACUGAUCAAAAAAGGGAUCGCAUGGUGGACGGACAAACAUGUGAAGUUCAGAAAUCCUGCUGGCAGUAAUCUCACUGCUGUUUUUAUUGACACGGCGAAGCCGGUCAACUGGCGCAAGCCUGUUUAUGAGCUAGACACUGACUCGGAAAACAACGGCUUCAUAAACGAGGAUUUCAUAGUAUGGAUGCGUACGGCUGCCCUCCCCACCUUCAGAAAGCUGUACCGCAUCAUCCAGAAGAAGAACAACAUGACGCCCACACUGCCCAGAGGAAACUACACCCUGGAAGUCACCUACAACUACCCCGUCCGCAGCUUUGAUGGCCGGAAGCGUAUGAUCCUCAGCACCAUCUCCUGGAUGGGAGGGAAAAACCCCUUCUUGGGCAUCGCCUACAUAACGGUGGGCUCUAUCUGCUUCUUCCUCGGCGUGGUGCUCCUCUUCAUUCAUCACAAAUACGGAAACCGCAAUAACAGCUCUGAUAUUCCCAAUUAAGCUCGUGGAGUGCAUGCGUUCUGUCAGGCGUUUGAAUGGCAUGCUUCGAUUCUAGUUUAUCAUUUUAUUGGUGCAAGACAGCAUUUGACCACUUGAUGUUCAGCUUAUUUAUUUCUCAAGAUAAAGAUGUUGUGUCCACUUCAAAGUUUUAUUUUUAAAUUUUUAUUCUUUCUGAUAUGGUUGAUGGUUCAUUUCAAGCAUGAUUUCACCAUUGAUUUGCACAUGUCUAAGCCUGAGGUUAGCGUGAUAUUUAUGGAAGCCGGUUUCCAUCACGUAAUAAAAAUGGUUAUUGCUAUUUUUAUUUUGUAAUUCUGACCUUUUUUUACUGCGAAUUAGAGGUUCAAACUCGAAAAAUUAUGCAAUUUCCUAUUUUAUGUCCUGGUGGAAACAAGCUUCCGCACAUAUUCCAAGAUAGAUCCGAUAUACGAAGUCAAAGUUGUAUAAAUUUAAAUGAAUGUAUGUUUACAUUUCAUAGAAAUGGUUUUUACUUUUAGCCAAAAGUGAUGUUUAAACAGGGCAUUGUUAUAUGACUACUUUAUUUUUUAAGUUUAAUAUAAAAAGAAUAGUUUCACUUUUCCUCUGGUCUUCAUAAAGUUGAAUACUGAAUCUGUGUUUUACUUCUGAACUUCUAUGUAGUGCCAGAUUGUGGUAGGGAUCUUUUUGAGGACUGUUACAUUCUUCUUGUUUUCUGGAGAUGCUUGUGCUCUUUGCUGUGUGUACUUCAAGGCUUGCAACAAGGACCAAAUGUUUAAUUCUGUGUCUAUUUAAUUGAAACAGUCUUGGGCUUAUUUUGGCUGUCGUGUCUUUAAGUGUCAUUGUGUUUUAAGCAUGUCUGCCUCUAACAAAUAAGCACUUUAAUGUGACAAGCCAUACAUUUUUGGUCAGUUUUUAGGAGUGUGUGCUGCGUUGUUGGGCGAAUAAAAUGUCUAAUUACUGAA